AUGUCUAUCUAUCUAACUGAAGCCUCCGAGGCCGAUUUGCCGGCCAUUGCUCGAAUCGCGACAUCUGCAUUUCACCCCGAAACAGAUGCUCUCUCCCGUCGCUUAUUUCCUCGCCAUCUACAGCCGAACAACAUACCCGACGGCGAAGCAGCCUACGACUGGCGCUUAGCACGAAAAGCUACUAGUCUUGUAUCAUCAGAAUCUCAUGUUAUUGUAGCAAUCGACAAUGAUGGGAAUCCAGAAGAUCGCAUCGUCGGCUUUGCGCUUUGGGAUGCACCAUCGGCUGAGGGAAAUGAUUCUAGUCCUAGCAAGCCGAUAGAGUGUACAGCACUCGACAAGGUAGCUUACGAAGAGAUGAAAAAGAAUGUGAAUCAGGAUGCUGUAGAUACCUUUGGCGAGAAAGGAAUUGCUGGUGUCUGGCAUCUUGACUAUAUCGGAGUUGGUCCGGGUAAUCAGAGAAGGGGAAUAGGAAAGAUGUUAUUAAAUUGGGGACUUGAACGUGCGUCUAAGGAAGGGAAGGAUUGCUACCUUGUCGCCACUGAAGCUGGACGGCCAUUGUAUGUCGCUGCAGGCUUUGAAGAGAUUCGGACUAUCUUGAUUUUGGGAAUUCCACAUUAUUCUAUGAUACGGAGAGCCGAAAAGACUUGA